CCAUUUUUGGGUAGAAUUGGGAUAACCGAUAAGCAGCGUCAUUUUUUCUUAUUACAAGCCGAAGCUUAAUUCAAGUUCUUCUGAGUUCUGAGACUAUCAGAUUUAGCUGCUGUGCUCAUCAAAUUAACCAAGAAAGCACUUCUCUCUUCAUAUUUUCAGUAGAAAAAAGUCGGCCAUGGCCAAAAUUCGCAUGAUAGAUAUAGCUGUUAAUUUCACAGACGGCAUGUUCAAAGGAAUAUACAAUGGAAAACAGUGCCACUUGGCAGAUAUUUCAACUGUUCUCAGCAGGGCAUGGAGUGCUGGAGUUGACCGGAUAAUUGUCACUGGUGGCUCACUUGAGGAAUCAAAAAAUGCCCUUGCUAUUGCCGAAACAGAUGGUCUGCAACUUGUUGUUUCAAGGCUUUUCUGCACUGUGGGUGUGCACCCAACAAGAUGCAGCGAAUUUGAGGAGAGUGGAGAUCCUGAUAAACACUUUGAGGCGCUUUUAUCAUUGGCUAAAGAGGGAGUUGAGAAAGGAAAGGUUGUAGCAAUUGGUGAAUGCGGGUUGGACUAUGAUAGGAUUCACUUUUGUCCAGCGGAGAUUCAGAAAAAGUAUUUUGUCAAGCAGUUUGAAUUAGCAGAUAGAAUGAAGUUGCCAAUGUUUUUGCACAUGCGAGCAGCUGCCUCAGAUUUUUGUCACAUUCUUGAGCAAAACAAGGAGAGAUUCUCUGCUGGUGUUGCACACUCAUUUACUGGAACUGCAGAAGAUCGUGAUAAACUUCUUUCCUUCAAUAAUCUCUUCAUAGGUAUAAAUGGUUGUUCCCUAAAAAUGCCUGAAAAUCUUGAUGUCGUAAAGGGCAUUCCUAUCGAAAGAAUGAUGAUCGAGACAGAUUCUCCUUAUUGCGAAAUCAAGAACACUCAUGCUGGGAUAAGCUAUGUGAGAUCUUUGUGGCCUUCAAAGAAGAAAGAGAAGUACGAUGAGCAGUGCCUUGUCAAAGGUCGAAACGAGCCCUGUUUAGUUCGGCAAGUUCUUGAAGUGGUUGCUGGCUGUAAAGGCAUUGCUAACCAAGAUGAACUAAGUACUACCUUGUACCACAACACUUGCAGGGUUUUCUUCCCACAGGAUUUGGACUCGGUAGCAGAUGCUCUCAUUGCUCGUGGCCAGAGUCCCAUGUGACAGUGUUAAUGGGUUUUAUAAAGCUUCUUCUUCUGAUAGAUAUUUUCACUCAAGUCUAUCAUGAAAGGCAGAGUUUUAGGCAAUAUAAUUUCUAUAAAGUGUUGUCCCGUCCAACAUGAAGAAGCAAGAAAUGUAAAGUGUUGGCAUAGUAAUUCUUUGAGCUUUACUGCUUCUGAAACAAAUGAACCUCUUAGAUAUUAUACUGAGCUUG